UGCCGUCUGCCGCAAGGUUGGAAGGGGGCCCCAAAAAGGCCGGCCCGGGCAGCCAUGCGCAUGCGUGCUCCGGGGCCAGGAGCGGGUCCCAAAGUCAUGUAAAUCCUACGGUUUGCCAGCGCCCGCAUGCGGCAGUUUCGUGGGCCGAAUUUAUCUCGUUGCCCGCAAGGCUCCGGAGAUUACGGGUGGGCGGGCUCGCUGCGUGAACACUGCGGCUGCAACGGUAGGUGCGACUCCACCGCCGUUGCUCCUUUGGAGACAUGUCUAUAGAUACGAGGGGAGGGGCACGCCCGGUAUGGGCAAAAGUACGGCAGACAAAAGGCAGACAAAAGGCAGGCAAAUGGCAGGCAAAUGGCAGAAAUAUGGCACAAAUAUGGCAGAAAUGUCAGGAUUAUGGCAAAAGCACGGCAGGCGCUGACAUGCCACUACACAAUGGGGAUGGGUGGGACAACGCCGGUUUUUGCUGGAGUUCCCAAAUUAGCUCGCGGCAUUCUGCCACGGAGCCCAGGAAGCCACAGGCAGGCCCUGCUGAAAAUCUCACCGCAGCGUAUAGGCCGUCCAGCCCCGGGAGUGUGUACAGGCCGCCGCUUGUUUCAAGUGCCGGCACCAGGGCCGGGCACGUCGCCGUCUGCUUGUCCGGCCCGGCUACAUUGGGCCAGCGGCACUGGCAGGCCACUGCUACGAAAGUUGAGAUGGUGCACGUUUUCAACAAAAGGGGCCAUGGCCAUAAUGUGUGCAUUUUGCUCCCUCUGCCAGCAGGAUCUCAUCGCUGCGUCACUGCACCAUUUCAAAUCCUCGCAUCCGAUUCGAGCGCACCCAUCGGCCCACCAUCCACAGCGAGUGUGGGAGCCGUGCAUGUAUUAGAGUUUGGGGCUCCCGACUUCAUAUGGGAUCACGCUGCGGUUCGUCGGAUAUAGGGGCCGGGCUCUUAUCUUCAUCUUCUUUUUUUUUGUUUUUUGGCCGUAUACGGCCUGCCACGUGAACCUCUUCGACAUUUCUCACUGCUCUUGGCCGGUGCCUCACCG